GAGGAUGUUACGAGGAUGCGUCAGGAGUCAAAAGCUGGAAUGCUAAACCGCAAGACUGUGAAAUCCAAAACCGCUACAUCUUCUCAGGUCCAGGAUGGCGUUGACUUAGAUAUGUUGUCGUCCAUGGUAAGAGAUAAACUGAAGGAUGACUUCCACCUCUUACAUGGCAGCAUUGCAAACGUUCAGGAAUCAUCAAAAUGGCUUCACCGAGACAAUUAUUGUCAAUAUCAACGACGUCUUUGAAAUCGUACAAGAUAGUGCUCGGCAGAUUAAAACAAUGUCUGAAGAAAUUCGUAAAUUGUCGGCGGCAUUACCUGUUUCUCCUGUAGAAAACCCAGUUCGCCGUCCCAGCGUGGUGAAUGCGGCCACCCAAACAAUUCCAGAUUCCACUUCCAUUAUUGCAGAUGCAAUGUUGUUUCCUAACCAGUCAUCAACUCUUCCUACUGCGGAGGUUAACAUCUCUAAAGCCAACACAUUUGCUAACCGGUCAUAUACUCUUCGUACUGAGGAUACUAAUGUUGCGGCGGAACCAUCCACAUCUGUCAAUGAGUUGAGUAACAACAGUGGCCUAGAAGGCCGACAUGUUCAAGAGUCUACACCUCGAAGCCAGCAUGCAGAGAAAUUUAAUCCUCCACUUACAGACAAACAACCGGACUCUAUUCUUGAUCCAUCAUUGGUUUUCCCCAAUCCAACAUUCUCUCUCGGCCUUACGCAAGAGGCACAGGUGGAUACUUCUACGAACACCAAUGUAACGGAGCGCAAUGAUGAGGAAGUUUGUGAGGAAGACAACGUAGAUGCAUCAAUUGGAGAAGCUGGAAAUGGGUGCAGGAAAAGCAAAAGGCAAAAGGUACCAACGAAAUCGCUCAUGGGCGACUUCGAAUGUGAUAAAGGGUUUCAGAACCGUGCUAGAAAGGCUAUUGCUGAUGCCAUCUACAGGGGAGGCAAUGUUGAUUACAAGGCCAAGUUUGCUGCUUUAAUGGAGAAGAUGGAUACCUCUUUUGAAAUAUCUAUUGGGAGUGGGAAUAUUCAGAGCUCCGAUCUCUGCGAGGUUAUUAAGCGAGGAACUCAGCUAUCCCCUAAGGUGGUGGAUGUACUUAUGUUCCACACUAGUGCACUGUUCCGGUCCCCAUCAUCUCAAAAACAACAGUCUAGUUUAGUUUUUAUGGACACACAGUUCGUCUCUCAGUUCACCAAAUUGUAUAGUAAGUUCUCAAAGGCCUCGAAGAAAGAUAGCUACAAGUUUAGUGGCAAUGUUGUUGACAUGUUCCUCCAGAUUCCGUCAACCGGUGAUGCCGUUCGUUACUAUUUCCCGUUCAACCUGGACAAACAAUACUGGAUUGGCAUCUGUGUGGAUUGUAGUACAUGGAGCGUCACUAUCUUGGACUGCAACGUCGAACUCAGGACUGACUACAUGAUGAAUAAAGAAGUAAGACCACUUGCUUUGAUGUUUCCAUACUUUCUGAAACAGGUGGGGAGACAAGUGGGAACGAGAGACUGCAAAGCAAUGGCAAUUGAAAGGCCCCGUAACAUCCCCCAACAAAAAGAAGUAACACACUCCGGUGUUUCAUGUGUGCUUUUUAUCCAAGCACAUGCGGUUGGUGGGGUCGAUGCUUGCAAAUGCAUUACGCCGGAUGUUGUAGACAGCAUGGUGGAGAUGCUAGUGGUGUCUCUAUACGAAGCAUCUGUUGGUCCCCUUUGAAUUCAAUCUGCUUUAGUCAUGUGUUGGUCCCCUUUGCUCUGAUGUUUUUUUUAAGACUAUUGCAUGUGUAACUUGACUCUGUCUAAUUUAUCUACUCCUUUAUCACUUUAGAUUCGAGUCAUUCAAUUUCUCCUUCUAACUGAAAUAUCAAAACCUAACGAUGAUCACAUGAAUUUUGUAUAUACGAUAUUUUUCACUUCAACUAAUCACAGAGUUUGUAACCGGAUACUUUAAAAUCUAUCCGGUUAACCUAACCUUUGUAUGUCCAAAUGCCAUACCCUAUCAUCAAUUUCGGUCUAGUGGCCAUAGUUAAGAUAUAUAUCCUUAUACAAACCCAAAUAACGCGAGUGGCCCAAUAUAUAUAAAAAAAGUUUAAUGUACACAACCCAUUAAAUAGAGAGUACCGAAAUGUAGUUACACAAAAACCAAAACAAACCAAAAUGGGUCCACUAUGGAAGUUACUGUACCGAUAGGUUAUCUCCAACUCUAUAAAACUCAUCGUUUUGAAGUAGGUAAUGAAAAACUCAGCCCUUUCAAUCUGAUUGAAUCUUCUCUGUACUCUUUACAAGUAAUGAAAAUAUAAUUGUAUUGACCUUACUUGUCUAUUUCGUGUUUCUA